AUGACACAACAGAAGAAGAUGAAAAUAAAAAAAAUUAAAGCUGAAUUAAGUAAAGAAUUUUCUUUCCUUAAAAAUGUGUUCUCAGUUACAUCAUUACCGCAACAAAUGAAAGGUGAUGAUGAAGAUAAUAUGGAUAUAGAAAUUGUAAAGGGAAGCCAGGAAAAUGCUGAAGAAACUGAAGGUCCGAAACGUGCACGUAGUAUAGCUGAACUGGAAGAUAAGUUAGAAAAAAUCAAAUCUCAAAAUAAAUUCAGUUUCAGAAAUAAAUUACAGAAAAAAAGUUUGAGUAGUAAAUUAAAUAAGAAGAUUAAGAAAAGAGAAAGAAUCAACAAAACUAAACUAAAACCUACUGUAGAUAGACCAUUUUCUGAAAUGACAAAUCAACAGAAAAAAGUGGAAGAAAAACCUAAUAUAAAUAUUGCCAAACCUGUUUUUAAUAAUGAAGGCAAACUUGUUUUUUCUAAAUUUGAUUUUGCAAAUGUAGGCAAAAAAGAGAAAAUAAACAAAGGUGAAAAAGACCCCAAAAAGAUAUUAGAAAAUCUUAAACAGCAAGAAGAGAAAAUCAAGCAUUUAGAAGAAAAAGAAGAUGGUGGGACUGCCAAAAUUAUAAGGGAUAAAAUUGCAUGGAAAAAUGUUCUGCAAAAGGCUGAAGGCCAAAAAGUGAAAGAUGAUCCUACAUUACUAAAAAAAACUAUUAAAAAAAUGGAACAAAAGAAGAAGCAAAGUAAAAAACAGUGGGAUAAUAGAGUACAGGGUGUUGAACAAAAGAAAGAAGAAAAGCAAAAGAAAAGAAAAGAAAAUAUUGCCAAGAAGAAAAAGGAAAAGAAGAGUAAAUUAAUAAAGCAAUCAGUAAAAAGAGGACGAGUUGUAAUUAAGUAG